AUGUUUCUGCCAGAUCCGUGCAGUAGCAUGGAUGAAGCAGGUGGCAUGGAUGAAGCAGGUGGUAUGGAUGAAGCAGGUGGCAUGGAUGAAGCAGGUGGCAUGGAUGAAGCAGGUGGCAUGGAUGAAGCAGGUGGCAUGGAUGAAGCAGGUGGCAUGGAUGAAGCAGGUGGCAUGGAUGAAGCAGGUGGCAAAACCAUCUCUUUGAGGGCCGAGGAAGAGGGGGUUGGCUUUCCACUACCUCCCUCCUUCACUCCCUCCCUCCCGCCCUCCCGCCCUCCCUCCCUCCCUCCCUCCCUCCCUCCCUCCCUCCCUCCCUCCCUCCCUCCCUCCCUCCCUCCCUCCCUCCCUCCCUCCCUCCCUCCCUCCCUCCCUCCCUCCCUCCGUCCCUCCGUCCCUCCGUCCCUCCCUCCCUCCCUCCCUCCCGCCCUCCGUCCCUCCUUCCGUCCGUCCCUCCCUCCCUCCCUCCCUCCCUCCCUCCCUCCCUCCCUCCCUCCCUCCCUCCCUCCCUCCCUCCCUCCCUCCCUCCCUCCCUCCCUCCCUCCCUCCCUCCCUCCCUCCCUCCCUCCCUCCCUCCCUCCCGCCCUCCAUCCCUCCUUCCGUCCCUCCCUCCCUCCCUCCCUCCCUCCCUCCCUCCCUCCCUCCCUCCCUCCCUCCCUCCCUCCCUCCCGCCCUCCCUCCCUCCCUCCCUCCCUCCGUCCCUCCGUCCCUCCGUCCCUCCGUCCCUCCGUCCCUCCCUCCCUCCCUCCCUCCGUCCCUCCCUCCCUCCCUCCCUCCCUCCCUCCCUCCCUCCCUCCCUCCCUCCCUCCCUCCCUCCCUCCCUCCCUCCCUCCCUCACCCCCUCGCUCCGUCCCUCUCUCCCUCCCCACUUCCCCACCUCCCUCUCUCCCUUCCCUUCCUCCAUCCCUCCCUUUCUUUCUAUCUCCUCCCUUACCUCCUUCCAUUCGCUUCCUCUCCCUUCCUGUCGUGCCCCUGUCAACAUCAGAGAUCUCUCCAAUAACCAGUUCACAGGAUCUAUUCCCAUGGGACUCUCAAACUUAA